GUGGCCGUGGUGCCCCCGCCCCUGCGCGAGCUGGGCCCUGGCGGCGUCCCCCAGUGGGCUGGGUCUGCGUUCACCUCGCACCCUCAGAGCCCGCCUGUGCCAGUGCCGCUCGCUGGCUUCGUCCCUGUCUAGUGCCAGCAGAGGUGCCUCUGUGGCCACCAUGCCCUGUGGCGUGGCACCCACAGGCCUUUUAACUUGUCCUGGCAGUGCCUUUCCCGGGGACACCUGGCUGGUGUUUGCCUCUCACUGCUUCAUUGCUCCAGGGGCCUGAUGUAUCCCCAUCAUCUUUUUUUCUGUCACUUGCAGCUGAUUAGCCCCACCGGUGACAGCAAGUGUUCUUGGCUGGGAGAAGCAGGGCAGUGCUCCCGGUCCCUGUCUGGUGGUCACGAACUCUGCUGUCUGCUUGGUCCAGCUCCUUAUGAAAAGCUCCGGUCCUUGCAGAUGUUCUGUGCUUCUGUUGUGAGAGCCCCUGCGCCUCUGUCAGGGCAGCCCCCAGAUAUACGCGUAGCCCUGCCCUGAGGGCUCCUGUCUAUGACAUCUUUGUAAUAGAAAUAGAUCUUCCCAGUUUUCUGUUUCCUGUUGAUUUUAUUGCCUGAUUUGAUUCCCCACGCCCAUCCUCCAUCUUAUCUAUGUCUUUUUUGCCCUUUCCAUUCUUCUUCCUGCUAUGCAUCCUUGAAUACUUGUCUGUUUUAGGCAGUCACUAACUGCUCGUUCCAAAAUUUUAAUUUUCUUCUCCAAAUUGUGUCACUAAGGACUCUAAUCACACCAGUCUUCUGAGGCUGUUAUAACCAGGUUAAAGCCCAUGCUCUGGACUACAUUUGUGCUCAGGUGAAAGCGCUAGGUCAGUCCUAAUUGUGAUGGUGCUUGGAUUUACCUGCACAGGUGGUUGUUAAACCUCACUGUUUCAUAGUGCAGACGAUCUUAAUGUAAGGAAUUGAUGCUUGAAGUUGGUAGGUACAGUAUGCUGAGCAGUAGAAAGUGAGAUGACCACCCACCACCCUUGUAAGUUGCAUAGUGCUGUUGGACUGUGCACUUCUGUGUUCACUCGCAUAUCCUUGUGAACGCACGGAUGGGCUCAUAUUGUGAAUGUGUAGCUUUUAAAUGAGUGCAAAUAAAGAUUGAGCUACAGCCUGAACACUGAAUUCUCUCCAGGCUUAGUGUCAGAUAAGUCUAGGCUCUUAGUAUGACUCUUCAUGGUCCAGGUUCCAUUAUUCUGUAUUUGAAUCCCCAUCCUAGAGGGGUUAGAGUUCAGCCAAAUUUUUCAUAUUUGUACUCUGCAGUAAAUUCCUAAUAUUUCUUGUUGCAUUUAGCCUAGCGGUUAAUAAUGAUAAUGACAGUCAAUGCAUUGUUUCCUGGGUUAUAGGUGGAACUUGGAUAUAUUUUUUCACUGUUUUCUUCCUGAUCUGGCUCUUUAUGCUGGGGAUUUGUCCACUGUAUGUUGUUUGAGAUGCCAGCACUUUCCUAGCGUAGUAGAGUAGAUGGCCAAGCUAUCGCAUCUGUCUGAAUUGCUCUGGCUUGAUUAGUUCAUUUAUAUGUUUGGUCUUUCCAGAGGACUGGUCUUUUACUGUAACCUGUAUACUAGCUGUAAGCAUCAUAGUUCUCUUCCAUUAGGAUCAAAACAGUAGAAGUUUCCCUUCCUCAUCUGAUCUGAAAUCUGUGCAGAUAAAUGGUAUUUACAGUCCCACCCUCUUCUGCACCCUUUCCACAAGCACAAUGAAGAGGGAGUGCCACAGCAAGAUACGCCUUGAUCUGCCUCAGGCUGCUGGCCCUGUCCAGGUCCCAUGCAGCUGAAACAGUAGAGGCUUUCAGCAGGUUCUGCUAGCUAAUGGGGUAGCUUUGUAAAAGUGACAAAAUCACAGGGGAGAAAAGGACAAGGACAACAGAUAGGAGGCCUGGUGGGAGUGCUGCUGCUGCUUAUGAACUUAGGAAAUCCAGAGGGGGGUUUCUUUUUAACAUUAUUACAAGAAUGUGCUUAGGAGCUAUUAUACCUGCAGAAGCUGCAGGCUGGGCUUGCAGCCCUCAACAGCAAAGUACCUGCACAUGUAACUUGUUUGUUUUGGCUCUGCCUGGCAGAUUUAAAAAAAAAAAAAAAAAAAAGAGGGCAGUGUUACUAGGCUCUCAUUCGCGCUUCAGCUUUGCAGACCGAGCUUUUGGCCAGUGUCAGUUUCCUGUAGAAUGGCAGUGCUGAGGAUUGCACUUCAACUUAGAGCUUCACAAACACUGACUCUGGGCUCACUUCUCCCCUUCGCAUCUUUGGCUUUAGUGCAGCUUGCAAAGUCAAAGAAGCAGCAGCAUAGUCCAGAACUUUCUUGGGGACUUAAUAUCUUUGGUAUUUAUGUAGAAGCAGAGAUGGGGCUUGCAGUCUGGAUUCUAAUCUGCUUUGCAUAUAGUCCAUAAGGGUCUUAAAUAUCUACAGAAUAAUGAGAUUUAGUUGAAUAAAGAAAAAUAAGAUGUUUGCUACUCUGUUUGGAAGAAAAGAAUUUGAAAUGUAAUUGAGUGCUUAUCCUUUUUAUUUCUAUGCUUUGCACGUGCAGGGGCUGGUAAGUGACACUUAAAUCGAUCUUUGGGGUGAUAUUUUUUUAAAGUAUCAUUUUAGCAUAUUAGUCAAAAAACAUAUUGCUGAAACCCUCCCCCCUUAGGUUAUACCUGCAUAAAAUGCCAUGGUUGUAAUACAUUGUAAGAAAAAUUUAGUGUUGAAACCGGGAAUGGCCUGUGACUGCAAGGCAUGCACAAUAUUUAUGCAAUUGCAUCCAAAAGUACUACCCGGCUCUUGUGUCCUCCUGGAGCCUAGGCCAGAAGAAUAAUUUGCAUGAACCUCCAUAUAAAUACAAGAAGAACUUACUCUUAAGCUGUGAUGCUAACUAUUAUGCAGCUGCUUACAAAAUAGUUCCCUGUUUUCUGAGGGUCUUGCUUGAUGAGAUUGGGGCAUAGGCCUAUGGAGGCACUUAUUUGUAUACUAAUAGGAUAAGGGUUGUAUAUUCUUCUUACACAGUACAUGUACAGCUUUGUGUCAGGGAUGGCAUGUGGUAGUUGCAUGCCCAUCUCCUGGAUCCUGCAGUGCUGGGCAUAUUGAUCAAUUUAUUUUCCAAUCAACUUGUUUCAGAGCGAGCGGGAGAAGCAGGAGAGAAUUGAAGUUCAAAAGGAAAAGCAGCGAGAGCUGAUUCUGCAGCUCAAGACGCAGUUGGAUGACUUGGAGACCUUUGCUUACCAAGAGGGCAGUUAUGAUUCACUGCCACAGUCUGUGGUCAUGGAAAGACAGCAGGUGAUUAUAGAUGAGUUGAUAAAGAAGUUGGAUAUGAACCUGAAUGAGGAUAUUGCAUCGUUGUCCCCGGAUGAGCUGCGUCACCGGGUGGAUGCUGCUAUUGCACAGAUUGUCAAUCCAGCAAGGGUGAAGGAGCAACUAGUGGAACAGCUUAAGACGCAAAUACGGGACCUUGAGAUGUUCAUCAACUUCAUUCAGGAUGAAGUUGGAAGUCCUGGCACGCUAGAAGAUGGACACUGUGAAUGCUCAGGCAAGACACCUGCAAGUAGCUCCUAUAAACCAAAUAGCAGGCUGCCUCCUGGGAAUAACAGAGUGCACCCAGAGGACGCCAGAAAGAUGAGAGAAACAGGUCUGCAUCUCAUGCGGCGCAUGCUUGCUGUGCUGCAGAUAUUUGCUGUCAGUCAGUUUGGUUGUGCUACAGGUCAGAUACCCCGCACCCUCUGGCAGAAGGACCAAGCUAAUAAAGACUAUUCCCCUUUAAUUAAGAGACUGGAGCUGUCUGUAGACAAAGUGAAGCAGUUGAUAUUGAAGCACCAGCAGCAGAACCAUGUUGUCAGCUACUCCAGCAUGCAGGAUGUUCCCUUAGGAGGGCGAGAUGAGCUGACUCUGGCUGUGCGGAAGGAGCUGACCAUUGCUUUACGAGACCUUAUGGCUCAUGGGCUCUAUGCUUCUUCUCAAGGGAUGAGCUUGGUGUUGGCACCCAUUGCGUGUUUGAUUCCUGCCUUUACCUCAUCACCACAGACCAUGCACCCAUGGGAGCUCUUUGUUAAGUAUUACAAUACCAAGAAUGGUCGCGCCUUUGUGGAGUCCCCAGCUCGCAAACUCUCCCAGUCCUUUGCCCUGCCUGUGACAGGAGGUGUUGCUGUGACCCCCAAGCAGAGCCUGCUGACGGCUGUUCACACUGUUCUCACGGAACAUGAUCCCUUCAAACGCAGUGCAGACUCUGAACUGAAGGCCUUGGUGUGUAUGGCUUUAAAUGAGCAGCGCCUGGUGUCCUGGGUGAACCUCAUCUGCAAAUCUGGGGUUCUGAUACAGUCUCACUAUCAGCCCUGGAGCUACAUGGCCAACACAGGCUUUGAGAGUGCACUCAAUAUUCUCAGUCGCCUGAGCAACUCAAAGUUCAACCUCCCUGUGGAUUUGGCUGUCCGGCAGCUGAAAAACAUCAAAGAUGCUUUUUGACAUGUCCUUUGCAGAUCAGCCCCCACCUCCUCUUAGUAGGCAGCUAUUGAUCUCAAGGAGCUUUUUCUUAAGACCAAGCUUGGUUCAUUUGAGGAUGAUCUUAAAUUUUACUUGAGUGUCUCAAGUACUUGAAUGUCUCAACACUGGAAACCUUCACUGCUCGAAUGCCUGUGAGGAAAUGCUGCAGGCUUUUAGGUUGAGCACCCAACCCCUCAGGCCUAUGCUCAUGCAGCUCUUAAGUCAGUGAAGCUGCUACAGCCAUUUGCAGAGGCCCUACCACUAUCAUGUGGUAGAAGUGAGGAGCUGCCUGAAAUGUAAUAAACAAGAGCCUGAUUAUACAGCCAGUACAUAGGAGCAGUUUCCUUUUUUUUUUUUUCCAGAAGCAACACCUAUGCAGCACCUGCACAGUGAGCCCUCACAAUUUUUAGACUAAAGCGGGGGUUUUCAACCUUUUUGGAUCAGUGUACCCCCGGUGGCUGGAUGCAGAGUAGUGUACCCCUGGCGGCAACACAGGGCGGGGAUGGGGAGCGUGGCACGUGGCCAGAUGUGGAGUAGGGGCAACCAUUGCGUGCAAGCUUCCCCCACCUCCCAUGUCCUGCCGGGCGGUGCCUGCACAGCAGUACAGGAUGGUGCAUAGUGGCAUUCCAUCCCCACCGGCCAGCAUGUACCCCUGGGGGUACACUUACCCCUGGUUGACAACCCCUGGACUAAAAGAUACCAUUUGUAGCAUUUUGCUAUUCAGUGCAGGGGGAAGGAGGUAGUGAAAUAGUUUUAACAAAUACCUUGUUGCACUUGAUGCAACCUGGACUGACAUCCCAUCUCCUCUAUUUAUGUAUAGUAUUGAUUAAAUGUAUAAGAGGUCUGGGCCGACAUGGUUACUUGGGUAAAUGUGAUAUCUUUUAUUAGACAAACUGAAUGGUUGGAAAAAUUGUUUUUUGCAAGCUUUCAGGCACAGGUGCCCUUCAGGCAUAGGGAGAGCCUGCUGGUCUUCUCUCUAGGAUCUGAAUAGAAGCUUAAGCCAGUACUCAAAAUGCAAGUCUGUAAAAAUGCAGGUGCAUAGCUGAGAAGAUCAGAGGGGAGGGGGUUGGGCAACAGAAAGGGAAUGCCAACAGAUGAUAAAAUGCAGCUGGGAAAAUAUAGAGAGCUUACUUGGGGUUAUUGGGUGGCAGGCAGGUUAUAAUGUGCCAUAAAUUCAAUGUCUACAUUUAGUGCAUUAUUUUUUGCAUCCAGUAGAUUUACCAAGUGAAGUUCGUAGGCUUGUCUAUGAAAAGUGCUUUAUAAAUUCCAUUUGAGUAUUGGAGAAAGAGUGGCUAUCUUAUGAGAAAUGUGCACCCACAGAUAGUUGGGUAUUUUUGUCUUUUACAGAUUCUUGGUGUGUGUUCAUUCUGGUAUGCAGUUGUUCGGUUUCUUUUAUGUAGCUUCCAUCUGGGCAUUUAAUGCACUGGAUGAGAUGUACAGGCAGUCCUUGACUUACAGCGUUUUGAGUUACAAUGUUCUGCACUUACAACAUUUAUAAAUUGACACUGUUUCAACUUUCUGACGCCUGUUUCAACUUUACAA